AUGCCGAGCAGGGGACUCCGCCCUGUGCAAGGCUUCCUAUCGCAUGCGGCGCAUGCUCAACAACGAAAUCUUUCAUCGGGUCCGUUAAAAUUCCGCGGAUCUCUACACCGAGCACCACUCCAUCGACUCCGAUCACCACAGACGCUAUCGCCAAGAUCAAUAACACUGCCGACUCUGACCAUCGGCGGUUUGCGAUAUGCCUCGACAACCUCGGUCACACCAUCAGCAGACUCGACGUCGACAAUAGCCCACGACGCUGCGUUUCCGAAUCUCGACACGAUAACACUGGACAAUGUGAAUGCAGCUGUCACCGAUGGGGCAUUGGUUUCCCCUGAGCAAAUAGGAUAUCUUCACUCAAUCGGCGUCGAUUAUGGCUGGGGCCCUACUACUAUGAUCCAGUGGAUGCUGGAGCAUGUGCAUGUCUACAGUGGCCUCCCUUGGUGGGGUUCGAUCAUGGUGACCGCCUUGGGGUUUCGUUUAGCCAUGUUUCCCCUUUUUGUGAAAGCAGCGGACGCCGGUGCACGGUCGAUGGCUAUUGUGCCUGUGACCAAUCCACUCAUGGAACAAAUGAAGAUUGCACAAAAGUCGGGGAAAUCGGCUGAAGCAGCUAUGUACAUGCAGAAGGUCAUGGCAAUCAGGAAAGAAGCUGGAGCCAGCGUCUUUGCACCAUUUGUGCCACUUGUUCUACAAGGAAUCUUCGGUUACUGCGGCUUCAAGCUUAUGCACCAUUUGGCUACGCUCCCGGUGCCAGAGUUUCAUGACGGUGGAUUUGGAUGGAUUCAAGACUUGACCUUGACGGAUGGGUAUUUGAUAAUUCCUGCCUUCAUGUCAGUCAUACUCCAUCUCACUGUCCGCCUGGGUGGCGAAUCCGGUAACCGGCAGGUAUUGCCGCCGGCAAUGAUGAAUAUAAUGCUGUGGGGUAUGCCAGGAAUCAUGUUUUUCUUCCUCGCCUGGCAACCAGCUGCGGUCGCGCUGUGGUUCUUGACCACCGGAGGUGUGAGUAUCACGCAAGGACAGCUUUUGCAGAGACCCGCGGUUCGUGAAGCCCUCGGAAUAGCACCGAUUAUCAAGCUGGAGGGUAGUUCAAACCUGAUCGCAGACUUUUUCGCCACGGCCGAGAAGAAGGAUGAGAAGAAGAAGAACACCUUCAGGAUUGAAGAUUUGAACGAUCUGAACGAGUCUUUAACCAAGGGUGAUUUCUCGUACCAAGCACCCACGCUGAAGACCCGCGCGCCAUCUCCUGACAAGGUGAUUGAUGCUAAACUUGUUCCGAAACGAGGUCCGUCAAAAUCAUGAUUAUUCCAGAGGCGGUUGGGGCAAUGCACAUUGUUCCGCAGAAAGCAUAGCAGGUUGUAUGACGGAGUCAUGUUGACAGAAUUUCUCUUCUUGUGCCUUGUACGAUAUUGAGCACUGUGUAAUUAGGGAGCUAGCUAUACCAGAAGCAGUACUUGAGCCAAUUCUCGUCAGGCAGUGAGGACCUCCCAGGGUGCAUUGCCUCAAGCCAUUAAUGCAGAUGCAUUUGCAUUUCAUCGUGAGAAUCAAACUCUAUAGAAAAUUCUCGGCGUUUCAUUAGUAUGGUUGAGGAGACUAGCUAAAUGGGUAUCGCAUAAAGUGAACCAGGUGUGAGAGAAGAGAGAUAAGAGCGACGUAUAAC